UCUCUGUGAACUGUGGCAGUAACGAUACUCGAAUUAUUCCCUCCCUGUUUUAUUUUUGUUUGGAAAUCGUGUCCCCACUCUUCGUGGGCUGCCUACACAGUCUUGCGGUGCUGUAUCCACUUACACUACCUGGCUCACUCGUUCGCCCUCGCCAUGCCCCGCAAGCCGCAAGACAACAACCCCGAUGGACUAGAAGGUUAUGUGCCGUACGAGAACCAUGGUGACCGGAAGACAAACCUCUACAGCAGACCAUGGCACAUCGCCAAAAUUGCUAUCCGCGGCUGCAACAUCGCCUUCAGUACCAUAGUCAUUGGUAUCACACUCAACAAGUUGGUAACUAUAGGAUAUUCGAGCCCCUACCUACUAUUGUUCAGUGGAAUCCCAGGUGUUGUCGCCAUCCUUUGGGAUGUGUCCGAGCUGAUCACCAUCUGCGCGAGGGGAGGCAGGAAAGGAAUCCACCCUGGCGCGCACGUUGGGCUGCACUUGAUCUUCUGUGUGGUCUUUGCGAUUGGGGUCGUAUGCGAGGCACUCUUCAGUGUCUAUAGUUUCCACUGGUCCGUUGCCACGCAGGAGUACGUCGCGUUAGCGUUCACCUGCCUAUUGCUGCUCAAUCACUUUAUUCUCUUUGUCAGAGCCUGCAUUGAAACCAGCCAGCGCAAUUCUAGUGCUCCUAUUUACAUGGUCCCCGCUAGCAUGACAACGCCGCAACAACAGCAUGACACACUUCAUGAGAAGGGUCAAAUAUCAGACCCUAACGUCCCAAAGGAGACAACCGCACCGUUAGGGUCAGAUGGAACGUACUACGGCCCUGGAAGCCUGGAUUGAGGGAUCAGUGGCUACUGAGGCGGACAUUUCGGUUAGGACGAACAAUAACGCGUCGGCAUGCGGAACUAACAUGUUAUGCCAAAGACGCCAGACGACGGCAUAACUUACCGUAACGGAAUAUCCAACGUAAUGAUAACAGCUUUCUUGGGGCUUCCCUCAUCAGCAUUGACUGUCUUGUCAUAUAUGCCUCGCUGGAUUCUUGUGAAGACGCAUGGCCUCCAUUUCCCGGGCUGUGACUGUUGAUCAUGUACUCUAGUCGAGUUCCUCAAUCACACACUUAGCUCAC